CGGGCUUAUAAACAUAUAGGAAGAGGAAUCUGUGUGUGCUUGUUUGUCUGGGCCCAUUCAGUUGAUGUGUUAUGGUUCCUCUGCAGGACCAGAUGUGGGCCGACGUCGAGCACGAGAUCGAGCGGAACCUCCACUUCAGCCUGCUGAGGCAGCAGAAGGAGUCGGACCAGCGGGGCCCGGAGGGCGAGUGGCCGCUCGCCAGGGCCUGGUGGCGCUUCAGGGCGUUCGUCCUCCACCACUACCUGCCGCAUGUCGGCGGCCAGUCCAGGGGGCUCCUGGAGCAGAGGGCCUCUUUGGUCAAGGCCUUUAGAGCGGAUCGCCAUUACGUGCGUGAGUUGGGCGUCAAACUGGAGGUGUUGCGUGCAGCCAGGGACACCGCGAAACCGCUGGACGUCCAGCCGCGGUAUGUCACAGCGAAGGCGCAGCUCUUGGACAAGCUGGUCAGCCCCAAGCAGAAGGAGCACCAGCAGGCGCAGGACCAAGUGCGGCGGUGGCAGAAGAAUUCGGAGGACGCGGUUGAGCAAAAGGCACCCGUGAGGGCAGCGGCGCUGGCAAUCCAGGCGCGGGUCACAGUGGCUGAGUUCGGUGCGGCGGCAGGCGUCUCCGGCCAAUGCAGGGUGGAGAACGGCUUCGAGCAGCGGCAGCGACAGCGGGCGAACCAGGAUGUUGGCAUCUCGGCUGGAUUGGCAGUUGCCGUGCCCAAGCAUAUUGGCAUCGCCGAGCUGUUGGGGACCGCCGCAUUGGGCGUCGCGCCGCGGGGAAGCAAGGGUCGGGCAGCCAUGGACCUCCUGGGGCGCGCGCUAGGUCAGCUGCAGCGCGCCGGGCUGCCGCGGGCGCAGGGGGGCACUUUCUGGCGGCCGCCCGACGAGCUGCGGCGCGAGAGCAGGGCGGGUCAUCUCGGCGCAUUCUACGGCGGAGCUGGGCACGUGCCGCAGCGGCGCAGCAUGCCGCGCACUGGAUUGCUCCUUGAUUUCGUCGCGCUCGGGGGCGAGGGAGAUCAGCGCGUGGGCGGGGCCACUAGCGCGUGGGGGUGCGUCGGGGCCCAGACCGAGCAGGCGGCGCGCAGCGUCAUGGGCGUCGAGUGCCCGAGCUGGAUGACCGCGAUGCCAGGCUGCGCUAGCGCGGGGAGAUUGCGGCUGCAGCGGCGAGGGGCAACGCCGUCGCAGUUGGAGUCGGUGUUGCGCGAGAAGGCCGCGCAGAGGUGCGCAGUCUUCGAGAAGCACCCGAGCGGCCGGGCCGGGGGCCCGGGCACCUGGGGGAGCGAAAAGCUCAUCUGGAAGGAAAAGGUUGCGCGCCAUUGGCAGACGCCUGCCCGCGCCGCAGGCGGCCGCGCCGAUGUGGGGCGAGGUCGAGCGGCCACGAGGCGCGUCGCAGCGAAGACGGGCAUCGACCAUUGGCGCCCCGAGAUGUUGCAGUGGAUCCCCGACGCGGGAGACGAGGCGUUCGCGGCGACGCCCAUCUUCGAGAUGUCGCUCGCGAUGGUGGUGGGCCGCCGCCGCGCGAGCGAGGAGCCCAAGGGAGGCAGGUUCUCCGCUGCCGGAUUGGCCAAGUCUGAGAUAUACACCUACAUCUACAUCUACAUCUACAUCUACACCUACAUCCACAUCUACACCUACACCUACACCUACAUCUACAUCUACACAUUCGCAGAAUCCGACGAGUACGCGGGCAGACCCGACGAGUACCAGCUGAUCAAUUAUUUGGUUGCCUACGGCGAGUACGGUGGCGGAUUAGCGAUGGCACUAGGAUCCGCCAAGUAUUUUGCUUGCGUCUCGUUUCAUAAGGAGGUUCUUUCACAGUGCGUGGACGAGAGGGGCCCCGGUGCCGGAGAUGGUGUCGGUCAGGGCCUGGACUAUCUCCUGAGCGUCGUGCUGGUGUGGAUCGCGUUCGGGAUGCUGCCGUACUCGCGGAAGCACGUGCCUGAGGUGACGGAAGACGUGUUGACUUCCAAGAGGACCACCCCUGCUUCGGACACGGCCGGCCCUGGUGGGCGCCUGCGGAAGCUCCUCUUCUACGACGUGAAGUGUUUUGUGGCGUCGUUCCUGGUGUUGUUGCUGCUCACGGCCUGCCUGUGCGCCGGCCACUUCGAACAGGGGGGCUCAUUGAGGAGCCUGCGGACAGACCCGCAGUUCUGCGCGAACGUUUUCUGGUGUUGCGUGAUGUACUCGCUCAUGUCCCUCCCGUUCGUGGCUUUUUCGAUCCCAGGCUGGCAGGCGGUGCUGGUCCACAGCGACCCCACCGGCUUCAACGGGCACGGUGCUUGCGUCGCACUCACGCUGCCGAACGCACAGACGACGACAACCGAGGCGGAGGACGACUCCAAGGCUCCAACCUGGAUGAGGCUCGCGACCAGCGUCGCGCAGCUGAUCGAGGCGGGCCGCCGAGCGCGUGCCUCCAGUGGACCCGACGCCGAGCGCGGCCUCGUCAGCGACCUCCGCGCAGGCAUCUGGGAGUCCCUGCCGGCGAGGCCACGGUGGACUUGGCGCAGUGGCGGCGGUGACGGCGCCUGCGACCUCGCGCGACGGGACAUCUUCACGCCGCGUCGCGACGUCUUCACGCCGGAGUGCUCGGUGGCUGUCGCCUCGGCCAGGAUCGUCGGCGCGGAGCGCGUGGGCUCCGUCGCCUACUUCCGCAUCGAGUGCGUGGCCGUGGACGCGGGCAGCCUGGACGCGGAGGGGGGCGGGCUCCCGUGGCAGGUUGGCGCCGCGGGGCGCGCGGGGGUGCUGCGCCGCUACGCCCAGUUCCGGGCCCUCUCCGCCCAGCUGGGGCCCCCGUGCCUCGGCUACGCGGACGCGCGCUUCCCCGGCAGGCAGCUGCUGGGCUGUACGACGGGCCGGCUCGAGGAGCGGCAGCGGGCGCUCGAGCUGUGGCUGCGCCGGGCGCUGGAGGACCCGCGGAGCCAGGGCGCCUGGGCCGGCUGCCUGCGGGCCUUCUUCGACCCCGGGGGCGCCGAGUACAGUUUCGCCCACGAGGACCCGCGGAGCCAGGGCGCCUGGGCCGACUGCCUGCGGGCCUUCCUCGACCCCGAGAGCGCCGAGUACGCGGCCUCGCCGGCCAACCUCGGCGGGGCGCCGGCCGACCUCGGCGAGCCGGCGGGGCCCGCGGCGGAGGCCGCGUUGGAGGCCGAGCAGCCCGCGCCCCCGGACCCCGGCGCCAUGGUGCCCGCAGCGGCCCCGCCGCACCCGGAGGGCGAGGCCGGGCCGCGGGCGGCCGGGCGCCCGCAGGAGGACCCGCCUGGGCCUGCGGACUGCGCCAUGGAGCUGGACCUCGGCGCGCUGCUUCAGGGACACAAGGCAAAAGCGGGCGGCCCUGCAGACGGCGGACCUCCAGACAAAAAGGGGCGGAUCGCAUCAAUGGCAGACGACGCAGACGAAGAUCUGGCAAAAGUGGAAGGGGCGUUGAAGGCAAAGGACGUACAACAGGCCCUGAACAUACUCUUGAACAUGGCUUGCCAACACGCUCAGCAGCUGAGAGACAUGGCGGCCUCGGAGUGGAUCUCGGUGGUCUCGCCAGUGGAGAGCAGCCCCGUCGUCCCGGCCAAACAAGCAGGCAAGCAGUACGCCGAAGUCACAGCGAUCCAGGAGCUCAAGGCGAAUGUGGGCCAUCCUCAUUUGUACAUCGCGCGCGCCGCGUUCAAAUCAUUGAAGGAGGACGAGCAGGUGAAGACGCUCCUGGAGCCGUCGCAGGUGCUGAGCGCCUUUUACGACAAGUGUUUCUCGGUGGCAUCGCAGGAGGAAUUGGGAUUGGUCAUUCGUCACUUCAGGGUACGCAAAUGUUACAACGAGAAGUUCUGCCGCAUCCAGUUCAGCAUUGCGGACGGCUUUCAGGUACCGCUGGGAGAGGGUCAGCCUGGGGUGUCGAAGCUGCUCUUGGAGCGGGCGUUGGUCAAGGCGCUGGUUCACCUCGGCGGUCGACUCUACUCUGGCCCGAAGGGCCUCGUGCGCGGCGCGGUCGCCCGCUCAGCCGACCUCGCGUGCUGGGGCUGCCGCGGCAUCCGGGGCAACGCGAGGUGCGUCGCGAUGCCCAGCACCCGCGGGUUCGCCACCCCGGCGGCCACCAGCGCCCGCGGCACCACGGAGGAGCUCGCUCAGCUCUCGCUCCAUUGUGGUUUGGUGGCGUAA